AUGGCAACAUCUAAUGAAAUAGCGGCAUUAUUUAUAUUACAAUGUGAAGAUGACGAUAAUAAUCGUUCAUUGUUCCAAAAAAAUUUUCGUUUGAAAAAAAAUGCAACUUGUGCUUUAAUUGAGAUAUUAGCACCUCAUAUAGAAAUCCACCAACGUUCAUCAUCAAUAAGUGUAGAAAUAAAAGUCUUAAUAGCAUUACAUUUUUUUGCGACGGGCUCAUACCAAUCACCAGUGGGCAAUAGUCGGUUUACCGAAGUAUCACAGUCCACUACAUCUCGUUAUAUAAAUGAGGUUGUAUCUGCACUCAACCAUCCUGAAAUCUUUGGUGUUUGGGUUCAUUUUCCUACAAAUAUGCCAGAUUUAAUACACAAGAGUCUUUUUAGAUCUUACAGGAAAACCGGAUUUCCUGGUGUUAUUGGCUGCUUGGAUUGCGCCCAUAUAGCCAUUGUCCCUCCUUCUAAAAACUUAAAUUUAGAUGAAAAUCAAUACCCAGAACACAUUUAUGUAAACCGAGAUUCUGGGUAUACUUUACGACAAUGGUUAUUGACUCCAAUAAAUAAUCCUUCUACAGAAGCUAAGGAGUACUUUAAUGCUAAGCAAAUGUCAACGAGAAUUAUCAUUGAACGUUGCAAUGGGGUUAUGAAAUCACGGUUUAGAUGCUUAUUAAAAGACAGAACGUUGCACUACAAACUAGAGAAAGCUACAGCAAUAAUUAAUGCAUGUGUUGUUCUUCCAGAGUACAUAGAUGACAUAGAAGAUUAUGAUAUGGGAAUUUACAACGUGACAGCAGAAGAAAAUAAUAACAACCAGAAUAAAGACCUAAUAUUAGGAAGACAGCAAAGGGACAAAAUUGUUAGGUUUUUACAUAAUCGGAGAGUUAUGUAA